AUGUAUAAUCCAACUCAUCUGAUUGCAGUGGGUAAUAAACAACCUCCACCAGCUUUAAAUGGUGGUGGAUUACAUUCUCAUACUUUAAAUCAAUCUAAUCAAGGUAUCCAACCAUUACAACAACAAGGACAACCUCCACAACAACAACAACAACAACAACCUAAUAAUCAACAAUCUAUUGGUUCAAUACAAUCUAAUCAACAACCUCCACCACCUCAACAACAACAACAAGAACAACACGCAGGACCUGGAAUUAUAGUGGCUGCAGCUGCUCAAGCACAAGCACAAGCUCAAGCUCAAGCACAGGCACAAGCACAAGCUCAAGCACAAGCUCAACAACAAUCACAAUCACAAGUUUCAAAUAAUCCUGCAGCAAAUGCUUUAAGUGAUACAACUGCUUCAACUUGGUUAGCAAUAGGUUCAUUAGCUGAAAGUUUAGGAGAUUUUGAUCGUGCUUUAAGUUCUUAUGAUUCUGCAUUAAGACAUUUACCAAAUAAUCCAGAUGUACUAAUAAAAUUAGCAAAUGUUUAUAGAUCAAAAGAUAUUUAUUUUAAAGCAGCAGAAUUAUAUGAACAAGCUUUAAAUUUUAAUCCAGAAAAUGGUGAAACUUGGGGUUUAUUAGGUCAUUGUUAUUUAAUGUUGGAUGAUUUACAAAGAGCUUAUGCUGCUUAUCAAAGAGCUUUAUAUUAUCUUGAAAAUCCAAAUGUUCCUAAAUUAUGGCAUGGUAUUGGUAUAUUAUAUGAUAGAUAUGGUUCAUUAGAAUAUGCAGAAGAAGCUUUUGUUAGAGUUUUAGAAUUAGAUCCAAAUUUUGAUAAAGCAAAUGAAAUUUAUUUUAGAUUGGGAAUAAUUUAUAAACAUCAAGGGAAAUUACAACCUGCAUUAGAAUGUUUUCAAUAUAUUUUAAAUAAUCCUCCACAUCCUUUAACUCAACCUGAUGUUUGGUUUCAAAUUGGUAGUGUUUUGGAACAACAAAAAGAUUGGAGUGGUGCUAAAUCAGCUUAUGAAAAAGUUUUACAAGUAAAUCCUCAACAUGCAAAAGUUUUACAACAAUUAGGUUGUCUAUAUUCACAAGCUGAACUGAAUCCACCAACUCCAAGAAAUUCUACUGGUCAGCAACAACAACAGCAACAACAAGAACCAUUUCAACAAGAUUUAAAUAUAGCUCUUAAAUAUUUAACACAAUCUUUAGAAAUUGAUCAGAGUGAUGCACAUUCUUGGUAUUAUUUAGGUAGAGUUCAUAUGAUUAGGGGAGAUUUUAAUGCAGCUUAUGAAGCAUUUCAACAAGCUGUUAAUAGAGAUUCGAGAAAUCCAACUUUUUGGUGUUCAAUAGGUGUAUUAUAUUAUCAAAUUAGUCAAUAUCGUGAUGCUUUGGAUGCUUAUACAAGAGCUAUAAGGUUAAAUCCUUAUAUAAGUGAAGUUUGGUAUGAUUUAGGUACUUUAUAUGAAACUUGUAAUAAUCAAAUAAGUGAUGCUUUAGAUGCUUAUAGACAAGCUGAAAGAUUAGAUCCUGGUAAUCCUCAUAUUAAAGCAAGAUUAGAUCAAUUAAUAAAAUAUCAACAAGAGGGAAAUACUCAUCCACCUCAACCACCACCAGCUAUUCAACAACCAAGAUUACCACAAGGUAUGGUUUUAGAAAGUAAUCAACAAGAUCAACAACAGCAACAGCAACAACAACAAUUACCACAACAACAGCAACAAUUGCCACCUCAUCAACAACAGCAACAACAACAGCAACCUCCACCACCACAUAUGAUGGGUCAAUUAAAUUCUAAUCAACCACCACCUCCUCCACCUCAAUUGAUGGCACAACAACCACCAACUUCUCAAUUACCAGCUCCACCUCAACAUCAACAACAGCCUCCUCAUUUACAACAACAGCAGCAACAACCUCAACAACAACCAGGAAUAGCUGCAGGAUUAUCUCAAUAUCAAGGUUCUAAUCCUAAUUUACAACCUCAUCAUCAACCUUUACCACCACACCAACAACUUCAACAACAGCAACCACCACAACUUCAACAACAACCACAACAACAUCAGCAACUGCCUCCUCAAUUAGUUCAACCUCCUCAUGUACAACCACCACAGCAGCAACAACAACAACAACAAACUCAACAAAGUCCAGCUUUACCAGCUAUAACACAUACAAAAGGUAGACCAGGUCGUAAACCAAAGAAUCAUCAACAAGAGCCAAAAAAUGAAUCACCAGCCUUAACUCCAGCUCCUGUUUCACAAGUUCCAACCCCAGCUCAAAAUCACGAACAACCACCAGCUCCAACCCCAUUACAACCACCCCAUCAACAACAAUAUCAACAGCAACAACCACAACCGCAACCACAAUCACAAUCACAACAAGAAGAAAAUGUACCGAAACGUGAGCAAAUCUCAACAAAACCAUCAACUACUGGAACUCCUUUACCUGAAACUACACCAGUUGUUGAAAAUAAUGGUAAACAUGAUUUAGAAAAUAAAUUUGAUGAGGGUAAAAUAUUGAAGAAACAAAAUAGCGCAUCAACUCCAGCUACAUCAACAAAUGUAGAUUCAGAUAAAUUAGGUGAAGAAGAACCAAAAAAACCAAUUCAAUCAGAACUCAAAAUAUCUUCAAAACCAGUAAUUGAUCAUAGUACUGAAUCAACAACCCCAAUAGCUCAACCAAAUCCUGGUACUCCAUCUUCAGCUGAUGUCCCACCUGUACCGCAAUAUUCAACAAAUGUAACUGAAAGAGAAACAAAAUCAUCAGAUGAACCAGAUGAUGUUGAAUCUGCAGCUAUUCCAUCAGAAGCCAAAAAUCAACAACAAAAACAAAAUGAAAAUGGAACAAAUAAUAAAGAAUCAACCGAUAAAGAUCAUCAUCAACAUCAUCACGUACAUGAAAAUAAUGAAAAUAAACCUAAUAACGUUAAUGAAGUAAAUAAGAAUGAAGAAAAUGUAGAAUCAAAAGAAAAACAAGAAGAACAAAACAAACAAGAUAAACAACAAGAGUCAAAUGAUGAAAAAAAACAACCAGUUAAAAAAUUAGAAGAAGAUCCAAAAGAUGAUAAUCCAGAAGAUGAUGAAGAAGAACCGCCUAAAAAGGAUGAAAAUGUUGAACCACCAAUGAGAAAAGUUGAAGAGGAUGAAAAUUAUGACGAUGAAUAG